UUCCAGCUUGGAAGGAAGGUUAUUCAAACAAAAUCAAGAGUAGCACAAGCUCAUGAUUCAGCAGUCUGGCAGAAAUAAUUCAUCAGAAUGAUUUGGAUACUUCAACUCUUAUUUUCACCACUCCCUACUCCUGCUUUGAUUGGUCUUAUUACUUUUGGAACAACAAUUUUUCUAUGGUUGAUAACAAAACCCAAACCAAUUGUAAUGCCUGUUGACCUCAACAAUCAAUCUAUUGGCACUGAGGGAGGAGGUAGAAGAAGUACACUUAUUCCUGAAGGAGAGCUUCUGUCUUAUUACUUUGAGGAUGCAAAAACUUUAUAUGAAGGAUUCAAAAGAGGACGUUCUGUAUCAGAAAAUGGUUCUUGCUUAGGAUAUCGAAAACCAAAGCAACCAUACCAGUGGCUAUCUUAUCAGCAGGUCCUGGACAGAGCUGAAUAUUUGGGAUCAGGCCUUUUGUACAAAGGAUGUAAACCUUCAUCGGAUCAAUUCAUUGGCAUCUUUUCUCAGAAUAGGCCAGAGUGUAUCAUCUCAGAGCUUGCCUGCUACACUUACUCAAUGGUAGUAGUUCCCCUUUAUGAUACUUUGGGUGCAGAAGCAACUGUGUACAUUGUCAAUAAAGCUGACAUCUCAACAGUGAUUUGUGAUAAACCCGAAAAAGCAGACGCAAUACUGGAGAACUGCAAGGAAGGGAAAAUGCCAGUACUAAAGACAAUUAUUCUGAUGGAUCCUUUUGAUGGCAGCCUAAAAGAAAAAGGAGUUACAUUGGGAAUUGAAGUAGUUUCUUUUCAAGCAGUUGAGGCACUAGGAAAAGACAAUUAUAGCAGACCAGUUCCUCCCAAACCAGAUGAUCUUUGUGUUGUUUGUUUCACAAGUGGCACAACAGGUAAUCCUAAAGGAGCUUUGUUAACACAUGGAAAUAUUGUUGCAAAUUCUGCUUCCUUCCUGAAGAUCAUAGAAAAAAGUGCUGAUUUUGAUUCAUCAGAUGUAACCAUAUCAUACCUUCCUCUAGCUCAUAUGUUUGAAAGAGUAGUGCAGACUACAGUGUACAGCAUUGGAGGAAAAGUGGGAUUCUUCCAAGGUGAUAUAAAACUUCUUGUAGAUGACAUGAAAGCACUGAAGCCAACACUAUUUCCAGUAGUGCCCCGGCUGCUCAAUAGGAUGUAUGACAAGAUUCAAAGUGGUACCCAAACAAGAUUCAAGCGACUACUGCUAAAUGUUGCUCUAAACAGAAAACUUGCUGAAGUGAAGCAGGGCAUUGUCCGAAACAAUAGCAUAUGGGACAAACUAGUAUUCGGCAAAGUUCAGGAAGUGACAGGUGGAAAGCUGAAAGCAAUGGUAACUGGUGCUGCUCCAAUAUCUCCGCCUAUCCUACAGUUCUUCAGAGGAGUCUUUGGCUGUCAUAUUGUAGAGGCAUAUGGUCAAACAGAAUGCACAGCUGGCUGCACAGUCACAGUGCCUGGAGAUUGGAAAGCAGGUCAUGUUGGACCUCCUCUACCCUGCAACAUCAUUAAAUUGGAAGAUGUCCCAGAAAUGAAUUAUUUUGCAUCAAAUAAUGAAGGGGAAGUGUGUAUUAAAGGGACAAAUGUAUUCAAAGGUUAUCUGAAAGAUCCUGAGAAAACAGCAGAAGCACUAGAUAAGGAUGGAUGGCUUCAUACCGGAGAUAUUGGGAAAUGGUUGCCGAAUAAAGCAUUGAAGAUAAUUGACAGAAAGAAGAAUAUCUUCAAAUUAUCCCAAGGAGAAUAUGUUGCACCCGAAAAGAUUGAAAACAUCUACAUCAGAAGUUCUUCUGUAGCACAAGUCUUUGUGCAUGGAGAUAGCCUUCAGUCUUUCUUGGUGGGUAUAGUAGUUCCUGAUGAAGAAACUCUUCCAGCAUUUGCAGAAAACCUGGGAGUAAAAGGUUCAUAUGAAGAUCUUUGCAAAAAUUCAGUAGUGAAAAAUGCUAUAUUGAAGGAAAUGAACAAUUUGGGAAAAGAAGCUGGCCUUAAGACCUUUGAACAAGUGAAAUACAUCUACCUUCAUCCAGAACUGUUUUCAGUUCAAAAUGGACUCUUAACCCCAACACUGAAAUCAAGAAGAUCAGAUCUCGUCAAACACUUCAGGAGUCAAAUUGAUGCUCUUUAUGCUUCUGACAUGUAAAAGAAUGAAGGUCACCUUGAUUUGGACAUAUUGACAGGGGAUUAUGAAAGUGCCUAACUGGCAAAGGAAACUCCUAAAAGAAACCAAUAAACAUAGUAUGUGUGUAUUGUUAGGAGGUUAGAGUGUCCCAUUUAGAGUUACAUGCACAGGAAGACAAAGCAGACUGAACUGGCUUCAAUUAUUUAAAAUCCCUGGGGAAACUAUUUUAUUGUAUAAACCUAAUUGAAAUGGAAAAGUUUUAAAUUGUUUAAAAACAUAUUUAAAAACUUAUGGGAAAACAUUGAACUCUAUCACACCAUUAAAAGAAUAUGACAUUAUAUUUGUUUGAUUAAAUUGUUAUGGCAUACAGUAGAUAUUAACUACAUAACAAGGAUAAUGUAAUGUAUAAUGUUUGGGGGAUUCUGUCAUAUCUAAAAACUGUAAAAUACACUUCUUUUACCUUUAGUAUGUACCACUCAUAGAUGAGCACUUACAUAUAUUAGCAUCAAUUGUAUAUACGUAUGUUUUAAAUUGGUAUAUCCAAUUCUGCUAAAGCACAAAAUGACUAUAUUUGCUAACUGAAACUUGCAUAUGAAAAAACUUAGUAAAAUAAAAUAUCCUAAAAUAUUUGUCAAUUCAUCUAUAUACAAAGACAUUUGUAAUAUUCAAAAAGUUGAACUCAUUGUUAUUUUUACAGUGGGUUGACACUGUAGCCAAACAAACUACAUAAUAUAAUGACCUGAAAUAUAAAUAAAAUAAAUGAUUUUUUCUUUGAACGCAAUUAAUUUAUUUCAUUGGAGCCUAGAUAGAAUGAGUAAAUAUGCUGUUUGAUUGCAAUAAUUAAACAAUUCUUUAGUUAAGCUUAUUUUAAUUUUGACAGGUUCAGAAAUAUUUUAAAUUUCUGGAAUGUCAUAAUUCUAAUUUAUAAUUGCAAUGUAAUUUUGUUAAAUAGGCUAUAUAUUAUAUUUCUCACUUGAGAUAUUACCAAGCAUUGCCAAAUAGUCCAUUUCACAGUUAGACAUGGAUGACUUUAAAUAUUACAGACCUGAAAUGAUUUUCAUGAAGUACAAUGUAUCAGGCAUCUUUGCCGAUCAGAUGCUAAAAUAAGGUUCAGUACAAUUUCAGGGACAGGAUUAAUGUAAAAUAUAGAUAUAUUUAUGUUAUUUUAGUAAAGGGAAUUACAUUAAUAAGUUAACAAUCAAAUUUUGUAGUAGUAAAAACUUAAAACAAAUUUAGAUAAUCAACAAUGUAAACCAAAAGAAAUUGUGUCAUUAUACAUAUUGUUGACUUCAAGUAGGCCUGUAGGAUGGCUUCUUCAUACUGAUCAUCUGCAUUUAGGCUAAAGUAAUAUUUUGCUGUUAUCACUUUGAAGCCAUAAUUUUUGGUACCCUGAAGAUCAUAUGUUGUGAAUUGCAAAAACCAGCAAUAGCUUCUAUAAGCCAUUGGAACUUGCAUACAUAUCUUUUUUGAACAUGCAGUUUAAACUUUUUCUAUAUAUUUUCCACCCAACCUAGUUCUGAAGCAAUUCAUAACUAUACUGUUCCUAUAUUCUUUCACAUUGUUAUUUGAUACAGUUCUGUUUAA